CAUUCUAUUGUGUGUAAUCUUCAUAUCUCCACAUCGUAGUCGCUAGCAACUUUGUUGAGCUCGCAAAUUAACGGUCAGGACCUGUAACUAGUCUAGAUCAACGCGACAUUUAUUUAUAACACCAAAAAAAUGCGUCUAGCUGGUCGUGAGGUUGCGGGAAAUGUGAGCCGCUCGGCAUCACGCCCGCAGCGAUGCCUCGUCGCAGCUCGCGCGCAGGCCACGGCGGCUCCUCCGGCCACGAAACUGAAGGCUGCUGACCGUGUGAAGCUAGGCGAUAGCGACCUCAGCGUCUCUGCCUGCUGCCUGGGCACCAUGACCUGGGGCAAACAGAACACCGAGGCGGAGGCGCACCAACAGCUGUCGUAUGCCUGGGACAUGGGCAUCAACUUCCUGGACACCGCGGAGAUGUACCCCAUCCCCACUGAGGCCUCCACGCAGGGCGCCACCGACCGCUACAUCGGCACCUGGCUCAAGAGCGGAGCCCGGCGGCGGGAGGAGGUGGUGCUGGCCACCAAGGUGUCGGGCUACAGUGAGCGCACCACCUGGGUCCGCAACCCGCCCCGCACCACCCGCGUCAACCGCGAGCAGAUCGUGGAGAGCGUGGACGCCUCCCUGAAGCGCCUGCAGGUUGACCACAUUGACCUGCUCCAAAUCCACUGGCCGGACCGCUACGUGCCGCUGUUCGGCGGCGGCGCCUACGACAUCAAGCUGGAGCGGCCGGACGCCGUGUCGUUCGAGGACACCCUGAGGGGCAUGGAGGAGGUCAUCAAGGCCGGCAAGGUGCGCUACAUCGGCGUGUCCAACGAGACCAGCUAUGGCGUGAGCGAGUUCUCGCACCUGGCCGCCAGCGCCGGCCUGCCCAAGAUCCAGACCAUCCAGAACGCCUACUCGCUACUGGUGCGUGUGCCCUUCGAGACCGACCUGGCGGAGACAUGCCGCCGCCACAACGUCAGCCUGCUGGCCUACAGCCCGCUGGCCGGCGGCAUGCUGUCCGGCAAGUACAACCACCUGCCCGCCGAGUCGCUGGCCGCCGCGCGCUUCAAUCUGUUCCCCGGCUACAUGGCCCGCUACAAGCAGAGCCUGGUCCAGGAGGCUGUGCGUGAGUACGAGAAGGUGGGCGCCAAGCACGGCCUGAGCUGCACGGAGCUGGCGCUGGCCUGGUGCAAGAGCCGCUGGUUCGUGGCCAGCAGCAUCAUCGGCGCCACCAGCAUGGAGCAGCUCAAGGAGAACCUGAAGGCGUUCGACAAGGACAUCUCGGAUGAGUGCGCCGCUGACAUCGCGGCCGUGUACCGCCGCUACAAGGACCCCACCGUGAACCCCCAGUAGAUAGACAGACAGCAGCAGGGCGACUGGCGGAGAGGGGCAUAAACCCUUGGCGGCACGGCGUGGCGGCCAGGAGGCAGGCGGCUUUAAGUGCCAGGCGCUUGUGCAGCUGUGCAUGGAAGAAUGAGAAGCACAAGCAAAUGCGUGGGCAUGGAACCACUGCGCGUCGCCGGAUGCCGUCCUCGAGACUUGGGCAGGUGCUAUGAGGGCCUGAGAAGUGAGGGGCAAGGGGGGGGACUGCAAGGCUAAGGAAGACUUCUGCAGCCAAGGCGGCGCUGCGGCUGCAGCAUGUACAGCAUGCUGUACGCCAUGUCCGCCCACAAACAAUUUUGGAGAGGUGCAGCUUGAGAGAGAGAGGGGAGAGUUCGAGAGAGGUGAUAUGCCGUGGCUCGGCCAGGGCCCUCCCUGGUGGGCGAGGCAGCGGCGAUUUGCACUAGAGGCGCGUGCCAAACUGGAGACGUGGCGUGGGCUUAGCCCACUUUUCCCUUGCAAGGAAACAACCACCUUUCUGGUCCUACUGCAAGGAAUUUAUCGUAAGCGCCCACACGGACAGGUCCGUGAGGGCAAUCCAGUUGCCAGCUGUAAGCAGGAAUCGCU